AUGAAGGCCUCUGGACUUUUCUGGCUUUUUCCCGCCCUUGCAGCAGCCCAGUCUCCAACUGUCACUUUGUCACCAUGGCAGACGGGAGAAGUCACUCCGGAUGGAACUUGUGGAGGAAACACUGGCUUCGUCUGCAGCCCUACCUGGGGUGCUUGCUGCUCUAAAGAUGGCCAAUGCGGUCGAUCUAGCAAGUUCUGUGGCGAAGGAUGCCAAUCUAUUGCUGGAAACUGCAAUGCUGCUGCUCCCGCUCCUGAAAAGCCUCCAGGACCUGGAAGCGUAUCUCCAGACGGUUCUUGUGGUGGUACCAACAAGUUUAUCUGUGGUGGAAGUGCCUUUGGAGAUUGCUGCUCUCUGCAAGGCUGGUGUGGCAACUCUACCGCCCACUGCGGUAAUGACUGCCUCACUGGCUUUGGUACCUGUGGUCCUCCUUCAAACAUCACUGCCAACGGCCAGUGCGGUGCAAACGGCAAGAUCUGCCCUGGGUCUGGCUUCGGCGAUUGCUGCUCUAGCACUGGAUGGUGUGGUGACAAGGAAGACUUCUGCGGUGCUGGUUGCCAGAACGGCUUUGGAAAGUGUACUCUGACCAAUGCUGAAAAUGUCUCAACCGACGGCUUUUGUGGAAAGAAUGGCAAGAUCUGCAAGGGUAGUUCGUGGGGAGACUGUUGUUCUGCUGAUGGCUAUUGUGGCAAGGGUGAUGGUUUCUGCACUGCUGGUUGCCAGUCCAAGUUCGGAGAUUGUGACGCUGAGACCAACAUUUCUACCGAUGGCUUUUGUGGAAAGAAUGGUAAAACCUGCAAGGGAAGCACUUAUGGAGACUGCUGUUCUGCUCAGGGCUACUGCGGUAAGACGGACCACUGCGAAGCUGGCUGUCAGUCUCAGUUCGGCACCUGCAACGCUGACUCCAGCAAGAUCUCUACCGAUGGUCGUUGUGGAGGCUUCAAUGGCAAGACUUGCAAGGGCAGUACAUUCGGUGACUGCUGUUCCAUCGGUGAUUGGUGCGGCAAGACUUCUCACUGCGAUGCUGGAUGCCAGUCCAAGUUUGGUACUUGCAAUGCUGAAGCAAGUAACAUUUCCACCGAUGGCUUCUGUGGUAAGAAUGGCCAGACUUGCAAGGGAAGCACUUACGGUGAUUGCUGCUCUGCUCAAGGCUACUGUGGUAAGACCAACCAUUGUGAAGCAGGUUGCCAAACCGCAUUCGGUACUUGCAAAGCUGGUACUGACAACAUCUCUACCGACGGAAGCUGUGGUAAGAACGGAAAGACAUGCAAGGGUAGCGUGUAUGGCGACUGCUGUUCUCAGCAUGGAUAUUGUGGAAAGGGAGAUGACUUUUGUCGUACCGGAUGUCAGCUUGCCUAUGGUCUCUGCCCCGGUAUCUCUGCCGACUCGGAGUGUGGUUCCAGGAAUGGUAGAACCUGUGCUGGCUCUGGUCUUGGAAACUGCUGUUCUUCCAAUGGAUACUGUGGAAGCACUGGAUCGCACUGCGGACAGGGCUGCCAGAAGGGCGCCUCCAGUGGCUGUCUGACCAAGGACAUUCCAACUACAGAUGGCUCUUGUGGUAGCAAGGCUGGUCUCACGUGUGCCGGUGGUCCUUUCAAUGGCCAAUGCUGUAGUGCUCAAGGCUGGUGCGGCACUACAUCCCAUUGCGGAUCUGGAUGUCAGCGCGGAUUCGGACGAUAUAUGGUUAAUACAGGACAGCCAAGUCGUGGCUGCGCGUGCGAUCUGUUGACACCAACAUGCACGCAAUGCAAGACUGCAGGAUGGACUUGUCCAGGCCCAUCCAAUCCUGGGGCUUGUUUCCGCCAUCAAACCACCGCAGAUAUAGCAAGAAGAAAUGCUGGAAGUAAUGACUUUACUGCUGCGACACCGAAGGGUACAAGUUCCAGGGAACCUGAGACAUGGAAGCGACCUCUGUCUUAUCCAGAAAGAGAUAGGGCCACGACUUUCUUUGUGCGGCAGUACGUUUUUGACAUCUCGACCGAGAACAAAUCGUUUUCUCUCAGAGAUAAUCAUGAAUACCUCCCAAUACUGAUCCAAAACGAGGAGUCUCCAUUUGGGCUACUGAGUACAAUCGUAGCAGCGUCUGGAUAUGCGGCACUUUCCAACGCCGGCAAUGUCGUAGAGUGGCGCUCUGAGUCAUUUAGACUUUACCAGAUUGCCAUUGUCCAGAUGCAACACGCUCUUCAAGAUCCGGUUUCAAGAGUUUCAGAUCAGACACUCGCAGCAGUCCUAUUAAUGGGAACAUUUGAGACAAUUGCAUUUCCAGACACAAACUCAAUGGAGGCAUUUAGCCAACAUAUUAUCGCGGCGGCUAAAUGCAUUGAGAUGCGUGGCCCAGAACAGUUUCGAACGGCCGCUGGUGUAAAGUUAUUCAUGCAGAUGCGACGAAACAUGAUCACCACAUGCCACCAACUUCAAGAACCUUUUCCCUUUGAAAUAUCAAAGUGGUCACGGUGGGCUGAACCUUACCAAGCAGAAGCCUUCAUUCCUAUCAACAAACUCUCGCAGAUUAACGAAUCUCUGGCUAGUGCUCGAGCAGAACUCAAAUAUCAGGGUAUCACUGACCCUGAGGUCAUCUCCAAACGUCUCCUGCCGUUGGAUAGAAUGAUGGAACAAUGGUCAGAGGACUUGCCACCUAUAUGGGAGUACAAAUCUUAUCGAUAUAUGGGACCAAAUGGAGUCCCUUCGAGUAGAUAUGAUCUCCAGUAUGACAUCUACAAUGAUCCCUGGAUUGCUUGCAUAUGGAACUCUUAUCGCAACGCGCGACUACUCAUCCACGAGUCCAUCAUCAUAGCCACACUCAAGCAUGGUAGCGAGGAACAGAAGGAAUCUUUAUCAACCUCUUUUAAAAUACUGCGGAGCAUGGCAGAUGGGAUUUGCUACAGCGCUACAUAUCAUUUAGGACACCUGGAUCAUGAUGAUAUGGCCACCCACUACCGACAAGCCAUGCAUGCGCAGAAUAAACCCGCACCUGGAGGUUUUCUACUCCUCUGGCCCAUGUUCUUUGCAGCUAUUCAGAGGACAUCUUCUACAGACCAAAGACUAUGGGUGGCUGGGAUAAUCCGUCAAAUAGGCAGACAGAUGGGUUUGCAAGUAGCCCUGUCCAUGGCUGAUUUGUUGGAAAAGGAUAUGAAUGAGUUUGCCUUCUCGAAUGAAGACACUUUUUUACUCGGAGAAUGGCACCCAAAUUAG